GCCGAACGUUGCCCUUCACAUACAUAAAAGUAGGCCCCUGCCACCUCCAUAACAAUUUUGAGCUCUAUAUGUUUGUGGUGUGAUUUGUAAUAUGCGCUUGGCUGCAAAAAACCCUCAACUCUCAAUAACCAAAAAAUGGAGAGCACCGACUCCUCCACAGGCUCACAGCAGCAGCAGCAGCAGCAGCAGCAACCCCAGCCCCCGCCUCAGCCAAACCUACCACCGGGGUUUCGCUUCCACCCGACCGACGAAGAGCUAGUGGUCCACUAUCUCAAGAAAAAGGUCACCUCCGCACCCCUUCCCGUUGCCAUCAUCGCAGAGGUCGAACUUUAUAAGUUCGACCCUUGGGAGCUCCCAGCUAAGGCUACGUUUGGAGAGCAAGAAUGGUAUUUUUUCAGCCCGAGAGACCGGAAGUACCCGAACGGAGCGAGACCCAACAGAGCAGCGACGUCAGGGUAUUGGAAGGCAACAGGGACUGAUAAGCCGGUGUUGACUUCUGGUGGUACACAGAAAGUUGGUGUGAAAAAAGCACUUGUGUUCUACGGAGGGAAGCCCCCAAAAGGAAUUAAAACCAAUUGGAUUAUGCACGAGUAUAGGCUGGCUGAUAACAAGACCAGCAACAAGCCACCGGGUUGUGACUUGGGCAACAAGAAGAACUCAUUGAGGCUUGAUGAUUGGGUGCUGUGUAGAAUUUACAAGAAGAACAAUUCGCAUAGGCCGAUGGAUCUUGAAAGAGAAGACUCUAUGGAGGACAUGAUGGGGCCAUUAAUGCUACCAUCCAUAAGUCAUGUGGGCCAUCACCAGAAUAUGAACCUGCACCUUCCAAAAUCUGACACAAAUUAUGGACCGCCGUUCAUAGAAAAUGACCCAAUCUUUUUUGAUGGGAUAAUGAGCAGCACCAAUGGAUCGGCCUCUUUGUCCAACGGGACUAGUCAGCUGCCUCUAAAGCGGUCUAUAGUCCCAUCCUUUUACUGGAAUGAUCAGGACGAUAAUCAAACGGCUGGGGCUUCAUCAAGCAAGAGGGUGGUACAACUGCACCAAUUGGACAGUGGUACUAAUAAUUCUGCCAGCGAUGGGAUUAAUGGUGCUCCUAAUAACAAUUCUACUUCUAUUGCCAACUUGCUCUCUCAGCUUCCACAGACACCUCCAUUGCACCAGCAUGCAAUGCUAGGAUCCCUUGGUGAUGGCCUAUUUCGAACACCGUAUCAGCUUCCUGGGAUGAAUUGGUUUUCUGAGUCCAAUUUGGGAUAGAUGGUUUGGUUGGUGUAUGGUGAUGAUUUAUGGUACCUAUUAUUUAUGGCUAAGCAAAGCUUUCUUGCUAGCUAGCACCGGAGAUUUAUCGAUCCAUCGACGGAUGAGUUAUGUGAUCGGAAUUUGAAGGUAUCAAUUGGCUCAUGCGGCUAAUGAUGUUAUAUUUAAGGAUAUACUCUUGUUAUUAAUUAGUUUGUAUAGAUUUUGGAAUAUUGGGGGUUUGAGAUUUUGUUGUUAGGAAAUUGAUUAAACAGUCUAGAAUCUAGAUGAUGAAGAUGACAGUGGCCUCAAGUUUCCUUUGAGCAUAAAUGGGUAGCUGUGCUAUAAGUUCAGGUGAGGCCAUGAUAGCAAAUAUAUAACUCUAUACAUAUAUUUUGCUCUCUCUUUUUUUAUAGGGUAAAAAAGGUGAUGAGGUGCUUUUGUUGUAGGAAAAAAAAAAAAGAGUUUGAUUAUAUUUAUAUUUUUCUGUAGGAUUUAUUCCGACCUUGUAUAUAUUAUUAGAACAUCUUGUAGAACAACAUGAAUUAUUCACAAUUAUAUUAUAUAAAUUAAAGAAUACAAUAAUUGUAAUCUUAUU